UUCUAAGUAAUUUGAUUAUCCAAGAGAAACAGAUAUCUAAAUAUAUCCUGGUUAUGAGGUUGUAAGGUUAUAAGUUUACAAUUAACUGUUAUAAUAUAAGUAUGUCUUACAAAAAUGGUAGGAGUGAGAACUUAUUUUCUAAAACCAAUAGAGUUGAUAGAUAUAAACAGAUGACAAAGCAGCAGCAGUUGAUUGAAGAGAAGAAACGACAGAUUCAAGAAAAGCAAGAACAGCUAAAAAGAAAAGAAGCAGAAGAUGCUUUAAAGAAAAUACAAUCUAAUGAAGCUAAUAAUGAAAAGAAGAAACCUUUAGUUUUUUCAAAUGAUGGUACUUUUCUUGAUCAGUUUAAGAAAUUGUCUGGUUUACAAGCUCAAGAUGGUGGAAAUAAUGAUAAAGAUAAAUCAAACACUUCUGAGAAUAUUAAACAAUGUGAAAUACAUGAAGGAGACUCUGUUACAAACAGUAGCACUGAAGUUGAAGAGAUCGAUGUAAAACUUGAAGAUGAGACAAAUUCAAAUGAUUUACAAGAAGAUAAAAAGCAUAUAUCCCAGUUUCCUCCUCCUCUCCCACCUCCGGAUCCUCUGACUCACACCCCAUCUAUACAACAGCAAGCAACACUAACGCCUCAUCCACAAAUGAUAUCACAACCUCAAGUGGUGCUGCAGUCACCCCCACUGUUACCACAAUUUCAACAGCAACCUCCACAAAACUAUCAUAUUCCUUAUAGCGUUCCACCACCCCCACCUCCAGUAAUGCCACCCCCCAUAAUGCCACAAAAUAUUCCACCACCAAUCGCACCUCAAUCUAUACCUCCUCCUAGGCCGAUGAAUGUCCAGAAUAUACCUCCUCCACCUUUAAAUAUACCACCGCCUCCUCUACCGCCUCGUUAUCCUCCUCCUCCGCAAUUCCCUGUCAAUCAGUUGCCUCAUCCCAUACCAAAUCUCUGUCUACCGCCGCCUAUCUUCAAUUCUAACCAAGUUCCUGCAGAGAAAAUCCAGGGAAAUACACAGAGCGAAGGUUUCACCCCUCCUCUGGAAAUCAAACAGGAACCAGACUCUAAGGAUUGGUUUUCUGCAAUUAAGGACAAUUCUAACGAUGGAAGUGUAAGGGAAAGGAAAAGGAAAAGUCGCUGGAGCGACGAAAAGGAUAUGAAGAUCUCCAAUGCGGUGAAUUUAACUUCAAUAGCUCCAAAAAUAAAUGUCACAGGUAUGUCUGGUCACAUGAUUAGCAAGGUGACAAGGACAGAUCCUGGUCUUCUGCAGUAUGCUUUAACUGCGUAUGGUUCAAGCAAUUUAUCAGACGAAGAUUGGAAGAAAGCAGAAGAAAAUUAUAAAGUCCAUCUUUUAUAUCAAGAUAUGAUGGCGAAAAGAGCGGAAGUAGAAAAAUUAAAAGAAGCUGGUAAGAACAAAUAUGAAUAUGAUUCAGAUGAAGAGAUUGAUGAAAAAGGCACGUGGGAGCAUAAAUUGAGGGAAAAGGAAAUGAUAGCUACUCAAGAAUGGGCAGAAUCUCUAACAGAAAUGGCCAAAGGGAAACAUCACAUAGGAGAUUUUCUACCUCCAGACGAACUGAAAAAGUUUAUGGCAAAGUACCAAGCGGCGAAAGGUGGCGAUGAACCAGAUCUUUCAGAUUACAAGGAAUAUAAACUUGGCGAGGAAAACAAGGGAUUCCAAAUGCUUCAAAAACUUGGCUGGAGCGAAGGCCAAGGUUUAGGAUCCGACGGAGCUGGAAGGCUGGAUCCUAUCAACAAGGGCAAAGUUCGAGAUUCUAAUGAAGGCCUUGGUCAUAUCAGACCAGACGAUAUCAGUACUGGAGAUGACGAAUAUGACGCUUAUAGGAAAAGGAUGAUGCUGGCUUAUAGGUUUAGGCCUAACCCUUUAGACAUAAAGACCACCAUAAUUGGUUCUGUUAAUGAUCCACAUAUGGUAAGAGAUAAGAAUGGAAAGCUGCUUGCUGUGGAGAAUGAGUUACAGGAAAGAUGGAAAGAGCACUUUCAGGAGUUAUUCAACCCUGCAGAAAUUGGAACCUACAGAAGCAUGUAA